AUGGCUCCCAUCCCAGUCCAUAUAAAACAUGCAGGGAAGACCUACGACAUCCAGCUCGACCCCGAUCUCCCACCAGCUGUCUUCAAGGACUCGGUCUACCAACUGACGGGUGUCCCACCUGAUCGAAUGAAGGUCAUGGUUAAAGGAGGAGUUUUGAGGGACGACUCGUCAUGGAAGAAAAUCGGUCCUAAGGAGGGCCAAACGUUCAUGGUCAUUGGGGCUGCAGGAGAGCUACCUAAAGCACCUACCAAACCCGUCGUCUUCCUAGAAGAUAUGGAUGAUUCGGAAUUGGCACAAGCACUCGCAAAGCCAGUAGGAUUGACCAACCUUGGGAAUACGUGCUACAUGAAUGCCACUGUUCAAGCCCUUCGAGCUGUGCCAGAGCUCCAAGUUGCAUUGACCGCCCCCUCAUUACAAUCAACAACACCUCUCCCAGAAUCUCUGCGCGAUCUCUAUCGUAACAUGACUCUUACUACAGACGGUAUAACCCCCAUCAAGUUCCUGCAAGUUCUGCGGCAAGUGAACCCCCAAUUCGCGGAGAUGGACCGCACCGAGAAGCGAGCCCAAGAUUUCAUGAUGGGCAGGCAGGUGUAUUCUCAGCAAGAUGCCGAGGAGUGCUAUAAUGCCAUCGUAAACUCUCUACGGAACGUACCUGGACUGGAUGCGGAAGGAAAGUCUCUCAGCACGGGACCCGAAGCUGUUACGGGAACGAAGAAAUUUGUGGAACAAUAUCUCAUGGGAGAGAUGCGUCGAGAACUAAAGUGUGACGAAGCCCCUGAAGAGCCGGCAACAAUCUCAUCUGAGCCUGUGCUGAAGGUCGAGUGCAAUAUCACCAUCACCACAAACUUCAUGCUUUCCGGAAUCAUGAACUCUCUCGAUACGACGCUUGAGAAAACCUCCCCAUCGCUAGGGAGGCAAGCCAAUUACACUCAAAAAUCGCGCAUGUCUAGACUACCCACGUACUUGACGGUACACAUGGUGCGAUUCGCCUGGAGGGAGGAUAUUAGCAAGAAGGCCAAGAUCAUGCGUAAAGUCAAAUUCCCUCUUGAGUUCGAUGCUCUCGAUAUUGCGACGGAAGAGCUCCGUACGAAGCUCCUACCUGCCAGCCGAAAGCUAAAAGAUAUUGAGAAGGAACGCGCUGAAAGGCGAAAGGUCAGGAAGAAGACCAAGAGCGUAGUCGUUCCAUCUUCAGUUCCUCUUUCCCUGGCGAAUGCCGUUGGCACUGUUGUUAGUCAAGAUGUCGACAUGGCCGACGGUUCCGCCCCUGUGGUGCACGCACAUGUGGUGAUAGAUCCGGUCGCGGAGGCUGAGAGAGAGAAGGAGCGAAAAGAAGUUCAAGCUGCAGCCGAGUUGGAAGACGAGCUUGUGUACCGCCAGCGAGAGGCAGAGGAAAUGGACAAGGUCAUCGACGAGGACGUGAAGAAGGACAUCGGGAGCAGCACUACGGGAUUGUACGGCCUUGUUGCCAUCAUUACACACAAGGGUGCCGCAGCUGACGCUGGUCAUUACAUGGGUUAUGUCAAGAAGAGCGUCUUCCACGCGUACAAGGACGGUGGCAAGUUCCUCUCUGCGCUUGCGGGCGCGACGUCCACAUCCGCGGCCGCAUCGACGAUGGGAAUGACGUCACAGGAGCUCGACGACCUCGAAGGCGACGAGGACUGGUACAAGUUCGACGAUGAAAAAGUGUCGGAAUUCCCGAAGGAGAAGCUUGGCACGCUUGAUGGAGGAGGAGAGGACUCGAGUGCUCCCAACGACUCCUCCAGUCCAGCCUGGCGGGCGCACGCGGCGAAUAGCGACGAGAUUGUUGCCAACCGGCGGGACAUGCGCGACCUCCUCCGCUCCCAUCCGCCCAAUGUCGUUGUAGUCAGCGGUACGGUCGAGAUGUAUGCGUUCCACAUGAGGCGGCCUUCGCUCUGGGGUUUCAUCUGCAUCUCGGAGGAGUAUGUGCAACUGUGGGAGGAGGCUUCAGGCGGUGCUGAGAUCGGCCAUUGGGUUUACACACUGAAAACCGGUGAGACCCAAGAGGAUGAGCCGAGCCUUAUUCCAAAGAAGAUUAGGUCCACAUGCGAUAGUGCUGCUGGGGAGGCUGGAAACUUCGUAGAAGUGCAGAGCCGUGGCGGCAUCUUGUAUUACUCCAAGGAAGCCGGGAAGGAUGUGCCUUUUCCCCUCGCCUACAUGCUUAAACUCACGGUAUAUUGGCUGUCCUAUCUCCAAGUAUAUCUUCCAGAAUGCCCGAUCGUCAAUCCCUCCCUACGGUUCAUUCCCCCGCCUCCUUCUCCCGGUUCAUCUCCGGAAGUUGUGGAGAAGGUCAAAGGGGAUGCUUUCUUUCCCUAUACGGCCGAUAACUGCACUCAGCAUCCUGAUCAUGUUGAGCCUCCCUUGGAAUAUGUCAGCUUCGGGCUAGAGGAAAUCCUCCAGGAGCGCGAGUUGGAGGGUGGUGGUGGCAGUGGUGAAUAA